AUGAGCCAGGGCAAACAACCCCCGAAAAAAAUAAUGGAAGCAAGGAACCGUCAGAAGAAAAGAAAAUCGGGAUUAAAACAAAAAGAGAAAAUUAACGACGCCUUCCUGGAGGAGAGAUCCCAUAGCGGACAUACUCAGACUCUCGAAACCACACCUACAGCAGGACCUAUAUCAAGGCAAGGAAAAACGAGGAACGCAGCCCCAGAAGCCGUUUCUAACGGAAGAGGCGGGCGGAAAGAAGCCGUAAGUCUAAGAAUGUUCAGAGGAAGUUUCUCUAAGACUCCAAACCCCAAAACCAGCUCCAACUCCACACGGAACACAAGUACCAAGAGUACGAAGACGCAAAGAAGAAGGGAUCCCCAUCUAAGCCCCCAAAGUUCCUUAGUCUCCACUGAAGAACAACUCAUCUCAAAAGCAACAUUAGCCAACGAGGCAGGAACUCACGGCAACCCAGAGCAGAGCGAAAGGACAAAGGCAAUCUCGGGGCAGGAGUAUAGGAUAAGCCGUAGGCUUUUCCAGCAUAUCGGGGGCACGAAAAACCGAGGCCGAGCUGAGGACUCCAAAGGGAAAAAGUUGGGAAACUCCCGACAGAAGUACAGAAAACACAGGAGUAAACGGCAACUCCAACCGAACCAACACCACCCCCAAACCGUGAUCUCGAGAGAUAGAGAGACCGACGGUAUAUUAGAGCAAAGAUCUCGGAACCCCAGCUGA